GCUUCCAACAUCUCAAGAUGUGUAAAUGCUGAUGGAACCAAGAUACAAGGGCUAAAAACACAUGAUUGUCACGUUCUUUUGCAAAGAAUCUUUCCAGCUGCCAUGAGAGGUUUUUUGGACAAUGACAUUUAUGUAGCAAUAGCAGAGUUGGGGAAGUUUUUCAGGGAACUGUGCAGCAAAACACUUGACAAGGAUGUACUGGCUGAAAUGAAGAAAGAGAUCCCUAUUAUUUUGGUGAAGCUUGAGAAAAAUUUCCCCCCUGCUUUCUUUGAUGUCAUGGUGCACCUUGCUGUCCAUUUACCUGAUGAAGCAUUACUUCGAGGUCCUGUGCAAUAUGGUUGGAUGUACCCAAUUGAAAGGCGGUUGUACACUUUGAAGCGCUAUGUGAGGAAUAGGGCACGGCCAGAAGGCUCAAUUGCCGAGGCAUAUAUUGCUGACGAAUGCCUGACAUUUUGCUCUAAAUACAUGGAUGGUGUUGAAACAAGAUUUAAUCGGGAACCGAGAAAUAAAGGUUUUUCUAAUGAAGAGGCUUACGAUGUUGAUGUUUUUGGGCAUGGAGUUCAUUUUACUUCUGCAUCUGAACUCCAAUAUGAUGAGAAUUGUUUUGAUCAAAUGGUGUGGUAUGUGCUUAACAACUGUAGUCAAGUUGAGAAAUAUGUGAAGUAAGUUGUAAUUAUUGUCUUCCUUUUUUUCCUGCCACCUUGAUGAUGAUGUCUGCUAACUUCAAUUCUCCUUUUCUUUUUUUUGCAGAAUGUUCAGAGAUGAAUUAGAGAGAAGGGGUGCCUAACAUUGAAAGAAAGAUUCGGAUAGGAUUUCAAACUUGGUUCCGGAAACAUAUCAUGAGUUUGCAGGAUACUCAUGAAGAGGAGGUGUCUGAUGAUGUCUUUUCCUUGGCAUGUGGUCCAGAUUUCAGAGUCAAAAAAUACACCUCAUGCAUAGUGAAUGGUGUGAGGUUUACUACUGUUGACCGUGACAAGAAUAAGAAAACACAGAACAGUGGAGUCAUGACACAAGGUACACACAAUGGUCAGUUCAUUGAUUUUUAUGGAACCUUGAAAGAGAUAAUAGAGUUAGAAUAUAAUGCUGAAGAGAGGACAGUAGUUUUGUUUAAAUGUGAUUGGUUUAAACUUGAUGGAAGGAAUACCGAACUUCAAUAUGAUGGCUUCUUUAAAAGUAUCAAUGUUGGAAGUACAUGGUAUAAGGAUGAUUCUUUGAUUUUGGCCACUCAGGCUAGAAAGGUCUUCUAUUUGCCAGACACCAAGUUGGGUACAAAAUGGCAAGUUGUCCAGACAUAUGACCAUAGACAUCUUUACAAUGUAAGGGAAACCGAGUCUGCACAAUAUAAUGCACCUGCAUAUCAAGAGGAUGAAUGCUGGGAUGGGGACGAAAGACGAGAAGCAGUGAUAGACACGGCAUAUGAUAUUCCUUUGAAUAGAAAUGAUGAACGCGGCCCUAUUUUUGAUAGUGCUGAAAUUGCUCGGUUGGUUAAAGAGUGCCACAGAGGGCAUCAGACUGAUGGCGAAGAAGGGGAUCAGAGUAUUGACGAAGAGGAAGAAGAUGACACACUUCUAGAGUAUUGUAGCGAUAAUGAAGGAGGUGGUACACUUGAUAUUGACAGUGAUGAUGAAUAGCUGCUACCAUUUAUCAAAUAUUAUUUUUCAUGCAGAAUUUGUAAUAUUGUGAUGAUGGAACCCAUGUAAUGGAAUUCCCAUGACUAUUUGAGACCAUAUUCUGUUUGUGCAGAAUGACAUUGUAUCUUUUUUAAUUGCACACAGACUGUAUUCAGAUUCUCAGAAUUGAAGCUGCAGCCUCCAGAAAGGAUUUUCUA